CUCUGUGUGAACGGGCUGCCGACCGUCGUCCAAUGGCCGCGUUAACAGCGUCUGGAGAAUUAUUUUAAAUGGAGUAGGAGCUGAGUGGAAACGAAAACACCGGGCUCACAUCAGCGUUAAGUGCUGCGCAGUAACAUCAGGGCUCACCUCACUUGCGCACGACAAGGCAGAAAAAGAUCUGCGUCUGGCUGAAAAUAACCCCAGAAGAAGACAGUGGAGAAGAAGAGUCGCGGCUCUGGUCACACGGGUCCAUCAUGGCCCAGUGAAGACUUUCCCCAGACUGCUUCAAGGAGAUGUUUGUGGGAGCUGGAGGCCGUUUCUCCUUCAGCAGAGUGUGUGUGGAGCCAAGCACCCCUGCUGACAUGGGACGCCAGCCUGCUGCCCUUCUGCCCUGAACUCAGCCAGGGUGCCAUGAACAGCUACAGAGACCGAGGGGUGACCUGCACCUCCUCAGACCUCCUGGACGGAGGGGGAGGAGGAGGAGGGGGGUUGCCCCAGCACACCCCGUUUCGUCACACCCCGAACGGCCACCCGGCCCCCGGCCCCCCAGACAUGCAGCCGCGCAUCUCCGUUCCAAAGAUGGGCGUCCGGGCGCGGAUCGCGGAGUGGCCGCCGCGCCGGGCGCAGUCCCGGGAGUCGCUCCUGGAAAACGGGCAGAUCGGCGGCAAUCACUAUGGAGACGACGGCUCUUCUUCAUUAUCUUCCUCCGUGGUGUCGCCGGACGUCAGGCUGGUGCGGGGAGGGGUUGCCAGGUUACCACGACGCCGGUCCAAGGACGUGGAGUUCAGAGGAGGAGGGUUUGGUGGCGAAAGGAUCUCACCGUUCAGCCUGAGGGCGUUCCCACCUCUGAGGCAGCGCUCCAACAGCGAAGUGACGCUGAGCGAACAGGACGAGAAUGAGGUGGAGGUUCGAGGAGGUGGCGGGAUGGGGAACCGGUUCAGAGAGUACGGCAGCACCUCCUCCAUCGACAUCCAGGGCAUCCCCGAGCAGAGCUUCUUCGACAUGCUCAAUCAGUUUCACCAGGAGAGGCCCGACCAGCGCAGCUCGGCGCCCGUGCAUCUUGGCGAACUGCUGCGUGCCCCUGACUCGCCGCCAAGCGGACGCCUCCCCUCCGCUCCCUCGCCAGGUCCCCAGGGCGGGGACGACAGGGGGACGGGGAGGAAGGACGGCGCCGAAAGAGUCAGGAAGAAAAGCGGCGGCACGGAGUCGGCGCUCGGCACCUCGUCCUUGUUCCGGAAGCUGCGGAGCUCCAGCAGAGGGGAGCUGGACGGAGGCAGGGGAGAGACGGUUCCCGACGCUUCCUACAAACCGUGGGUGUGUCCCAAGAGCUUCGUCCACUUUGACGCGCAGAGCAUCCUGUUCGACCUCCACGAAGCGGCGGUUCAGCGCGGCUUCGCAACCCAGAGGAGGAACACCGCCACCGGGGCGUCCGCCGCUUCCGUGUCCCUGUCCGUCUCCAGAGCCUCGGCUCCGAGUGCGAACGACCCCAUCUACUCCAGCAUCGAGGAUCUGCCCCUCAGCCUCGACCCGGGCUCCGCCACACCCAGCCUGGGCACGGAGCCUCCCGACGGGCCUGGAGCCCACAGCGGGAGCCCUCUGCUCCUCUGCUGCCCCCACUUCCUCAACGAGACCGGGGGCCUCGGCGAGCGCAACAUCAGCUUCCUCAGCUCCUCAGCGGAGCGAGGCGGAGACGGAGGAGAGGGCGGACGGGGCUGGCUGAGGAAGAGUAACGCCAGCGUCUCCGUGCUGGAGGUGCCGAUUGAGCAGCAGGUUACAAGACUGGAUAGACUGAAGCUGUACAGCAUCGAGCACGUAGACCUCGGGGCCAGGUACUACAGAGACUACUUCCAUGGGAAAGAGCACUUCAACUACUUCGGGACGGACGACAAGCUGGGCCCCGUGGCCGUCAGCAUCCGCAGAGAGAAGGUGGACGACACCAAAGACCUGAAGGACCAGUACCAGUAUCGCCUCAUCGUCCGGACGAGCGAGCUCGUGACCCUGCGAGGAUCUAUUCUGGAGGACGCUGUGGCGUCGACCGGCAAACACGGCACGGUUCGGGGCCUGCCGCUCAAAGAAGUGCUGGAACAGGUGGUCCCGGAGCUCAACGUGUCCUGCCUGAGACUCGCACUCAGCACCGCCAAAGUCACAGAGCAGCUCCUCAAACUGGACGAACAGAGGUUAAGUCAGAAGCACAAGGUGGGUGUUUUGCUGUGCCGUGCAGGCCAGAGCACCGAGGAGGAGAUGUACAACAACGAGGAGGCGUCGCCCGCCUUCUCGGCCUUCCUGGAGCUGCUGGGGGAGCAGGUGCUCCUCAAAGGCUUCACCAAAUACGCUGCUCAGCUCGACACAAAGACGGACUCCACGGGCACCCACUCCCUCUACACCACCUACCAGGGCUAUGAAAUCAUGUUCCACGUCUCCACCAUGCUGCCGUACAUGCCCAGCAACCCGCAGCAGCUCCUGAGAAAACGCCACAUAGGGAACGACAUUGUAACGAUAAUCUUCCAGGAGCCCGGAGCGCAGCCGUUCACCCCGCAAAACAUCCGCUCACAAUUCCAGCACGUCUUCGUCAUUGUCCGUGUGCACAACCCCUGCUCCGAAAACACCUGCUACAGUGUCGCUGUGACGCGGAUGAAGGACGUGCCCCCCUUCGGACCCCCCAUCCCCAGCGGCGUCACCUUCCGUGACCCCGAAACCUUUCGCAAUUUCCUCCUGGCCAAAGUCCUCAACGCGGAAACUGCCGCGCACAAGUCGGAGAAGUUUCACACCAUGGCCACGCGCACGCGGCAGGAGUACCUGCGCGACCUGGCCGAGAACUACGUCAGCAGCACGCCGCUCGACUCGGCCGGCAAGCUCAACAACCUCAUCUCGCUCGCGUCCAAGAAGCGCGAGCGCUCCAAGGCCAGAGAGGGGGCGGAGCUGGGCGCCGCGGGGGCGGUGGCCUGGAGGGUCCUGGCCCAGGACUUCAGCGGAGGAGGGGCGGAGCUGCCCUGCGCUCUGGGCCUGUCCGCCGAAUACGUGCUCCUCAUAGACUGCUCCACCAAAGAGGUGGUGUUCAACUGUUUCUGCGCCGACGUGAUCGGCUGGACGCCGGAGCGACUGGCGCUGAAGAUCUUCUACGGCAGAGGAGACCACAUCGCGGUGCGGGUGCCCGAGGGCUGCGCCCAGGACAUCAGGGAGGUCAUUCAGAGGCUGAAGUCGCUAACGGUGGGAUGUGAGACGGUGGACAUGACCCUGAGGAGGAACGGACUUGGACAGCUGGGUUUCCACGUUCGACUGGACGGCACCGUGGCCGAGGUGGAGGAGUACGGCUUCGCCUGGCAGGCCGGACUGAGGCAGGGCAGCCGGCUAGUGGAGAUCUGCAAAGUGGCGGCCGUGACGCUGACUCACGAGCAGAUGAUCGACCUGCUGCGGACGUCGGUCACGGUCAAAGUGGUCAUCAUUCCUCCGUACGAAGAGGGCGGGCCUCGCAGGGGCUGCACAGAGGAGUAUGAGAUGAAGACCAUGGAGCAGAAGCCGGACCCGGAGCCGCUGGCAGCAGGAUACCGGCCCUCUCCGCGCCAGACUUGGCGAUGGGAAAGCUCACCUGUCCCUCCGGGUCUCCACAGCACCCCCAACCCCCAGCGCUGGGCGCCCAUGGGCCCCCCGCCUCCCCCGCUGCCCCGCUCACACAAGACUCUGAUGCCAGUUCCCUACAGAGAGCCGCAGCACCUCAACUCCAAGAGGCCAGUGAGCUACCCAGAAAACCACUACAGCCUGUCUCCUGCAGGAGGCGACAGAGUGCUGCCCUACAGAAACCCCUCAGCCAGUUUCUCCUCGCCCUCGCCCUCCGGCCUGGUGGGCCUGUCCACGAUGGGCCCGCCUGGAAUCACCCCAGGGCCCUUCGUGCGCUACAAGCCCUCACCUGACAGAUAUGGACCAGGACAGCGCCCCCUGCUGCCGUAUGAGCCCCACCUCAGCGUGGACAUCGCCUCCAGCGGAGAGUCGUCGUCAGGCUUCACCAGCCAGGAAAGCACAAUGGAGCGCAGCAAGACGGAGCCCCUCUGGCAUGUCCCAGUGUCGGCACCUCGGGGAGCAGGUAGCGGAGGGGGCCAGAGGAGGCUGCCCAGACAGGAUGUCCCAGGGAAAGACUCUCCAAACAGACACUCCAAGGGGGACACUCAGUACUCCAGCCACUCCAGCAGCAACACUCUGUCCAGCAACGCCUCCAGCAGCCACAGCGACGAGCGCUGGUUCGACGGCGUCCCCGGGGGCGAGCGAGGAGGCGGCGGUUGCCUCGGCGACCCGCCGGACCCCGACGCCGACCUCCUCAACAAGGGGGGCUCCAACGACAGCGGCAUCGACGCCUCCACCCACUACAACAGCGCCCGCCACGUGUCCAACAGCCAGCCGCACAAAGCCAUGCACUCCUCGGCCACCUACAGCGGCUUCCAGGAGCUGUCGGUGGGACGGAGCGGCGGCGGCGGCGGCGGAGAGACCAGGAGGCGGGAGUCUUCGCCCAUCAUCCCCACCGCGACAAGUCAGAACAAAGGGUACAUGACCAGGACCUUCCCCCCUCCAGGCUCCAGCGCUGAGAAGAUGGAUGCUUUCAAGCCCAGGGCCUACACACCGCAGGGCUACAAGACCCCCACAGCUGAAAAAGCCCGCCCUGUGAGAGCCUCUACGGCCACGCCCACCUCCGCUCAGUUUAACUCCGCCCCCCUGUCGAGCUCCGCCCCCAAAGCCUUCUAUGGAAAGAGCCGGCAGCCCGUCUGGCAGACCGAAGACAACGGCCCGUCGCCGUCGAAUUCAACCACAGCGUCCAGCUCUGACAGCAACAGCAGCAGGAAGCAGGUGGACACGAACUCCAAGAAUGUGUUUGGACAGCCGCGACUGCGGGCGUCUCUGAGGGACCUGCGCUCGCCACGCCGGACCUACAAGAGCACCAUCGAAGACGACCUGAAGAAGCUGAUCAUCAUGGACAACCCGGGAGAGACGCCGCAGAGAGAUCCAUCUCCCAGGCGCACUCUGCAGCGCACCUUUUCGGACGAGUCGCUGUGCAGCGGCCGCCGAGACGCCAGCUUCGCCAACUCCGAGAACCAGGCGUCUCCCAGCGACGUGCUGUUCACGUGCACGCUGCCCACGCGCAAACACGGCCACCCCUCCACCCACCUGCAGGGCAAGAAGGUGCCUCUGUCUGCGUCUGAACUCUCUCUGACCGAAGUGAGAGACAAAGUCCCGCCGCUGCGGAGGCUGGACCCCGGACUGAUGCCUCUGCCCGACACGGCCUGCGGCCUGGAGUGGUCCAGCCUCGUCAACGCCGCCAAAGCCUACGAAGCACAGAGAGCGGUUUCCCUCUUCUCGCUGACGGAGCCGCAGGUUGGAGCUCCAGACAUGAGGCCGGCCGUCAGUCCGGUGCAGUUUCACACUCCUCAAACACCGAGGACCACGCCGACCUUCGCCUGCGACGAGGUGCCCAACGACCUGUCUGGUCGGCUCUAUCACCUGGAAGUGAUGUUAAAACAGCUCAACAACGACCUGGAGAGAGAGAAGAAGGACAAAGUCGUUCUGCUGGCAGAAAUGGCCAACCUGAGAGAGAACAACCAGCGGCUGCAGGAAGAAAGCCACACGGCCAGCGAGCAGCUCCGCCAGUUCAGCAGGCUCUUCACCAACCUCAACAAGGCUGGGAGCGACCAGGAGGGCCAGUCUGCGGUGCACGAGAGUGACUCACGAGAGUGACUCACACAGGGAGUGAGCGCGCUCUGCCAGAAGAGAGGGGCCGGCUUCAGAAAUACGCUUUCACUCCCCAUGAUCCCUUGCACUCACAGGAGUGGUAGAGGCCACAAAGGCCGCAUUUACACUGUCAGAUCUGGGUCACUUGGUGAAAUACACGUGAACGGUGUAAACGCGGCCUGAAUGUGUGACCUUCCUCAGCCUCCGCUGGACUGCCUUAAACGUUCAGAAAAUGGUGGGGACGCUCCCAGAGAGCGUCGGUCGCCCCUCACACGGACAGCCCAGAGAUCCUCCCCUCUCGACACUCUGAGCCCGUUUUUAUUUUUCUAAACUGGAGCGAGGUCCACCUUCGCACUUGUCCUUUCUAUGCUACUAUGCCGGAGGAGCGAGCAGGAGAGGAGAAUCCUGACUGUUUUCGAGAACACUACUUCACCUGGAGAGGCCUAAUACUGUUCCUGCAGCAAAUCAGCCAAAAAAAAAAAAAAACAACAAAACAAAACAAGAAACUCCUUACAGACUGCAUCUCCCAGAAUGCACUACAAGUAACGGAAGCCCUACAGACAUGGUACUGUAGAUAGACGCCUGUGUGGUACAAUUCUCAUGUAUCAAUAUUAUCGACUAAUAUGACUCGUACUAAUAUUGUCGGUCGUACUAAAGAGGUGCGUGUGUGUGUGCGUGAUGGUACAAUACCCCGCUGUGCACGAGGCAAAAUGACCUGUACUGCUUCGGUGUGUGUGUGUAUGUGUGUGUGCGUGUGUGUGCGUCUGUUCGAGGACCACUGAGUGAUGAACAAACGUGUUUACUGUACCGAGGAAGCGGCGGGCGCCACGGCGGUCUCCUGUCUGUUUACAUGGAUGAGCUGCGGCCUGCAGACGUGAAACAAGCCAUCGGCGCGCUGAGAGGAGAACGCUCAGCCGUUUCUAAAAGCAUCAUAUCUCCUCAUGGUUUCCAUUGAAAACGCUCACUGUCUCCAGCAGUGCGCUGUCAUCUCACCGGUAAAUGUACUGGAUCACUCUUUAACCCUGAGCCGAUAUUACAGGACGAGUCUCUUUUUGUUAAAGUGUGUUAUUUAAAGUAAUUGUUGCAGCAUUUGGAGGAUUGCACUUAUUUGCUUUCUGGAAAUACAUGAACUUCCGCCGCACUUCUUUACAAACUCAGUCACAUUUUGGACGACGAUUAAAAAAAAAGAAAGUCUUCGGCGAGUUGUGUCGACACUGAUUGGACAUUGUAAAUCUGUUUACAUUUUGUUAAAAUUAAGAUUUUUAACAUUCCAUUUCAUUGUUCAUCUGAUGAAGUCGGUUUCUGCCACCGCCUUGAGAUCCUCACUCAGAUUUCGACAUGGAAAAAGCAAAUAAGUGUAAUUCCUCCAAAAUGUCUGACUCUUUCUGUGUCUUUAUUUAAGAGGAAGCUGUCAGCAGUCAUGGGUACUUUCUAGAUGCAUUUACUGUACAUGAAACUCAGCAACACUGAAGCGUCUUCAUAUCAGAAUCAGCCUGUUUGUAUGAGAACCUUUGUCCCUGAACACACUAAAAAAAAAGCAAAAAAAAAAACAUAUUUAUACAGCCAGCUUGCUUAACGAUGUUGUCUACUAUAUCUAUUUUUCAUAUGAAUAUAUGCAUCUGUUUUUUGGUGGGGGGGGGGGGGUGCUGGUACUGCACGGACAACACGUGCACUGAAGACAUCCCUGAUCAAACUGAACUAAACCUUCAUCUCUCUGCACAAUUAUCAGGAUCUCUUCCUUCUUCCUCUGACUAGAUCUGUUCAAAACGAGACAAAAAAAAAACCCUCUCAGGUUAUUCAAGAAGCUGUUAGACACAAGCAGGGGUGGGUUUUCACUGCAGUCUGUUUGGACUCUUCCUCCGAUCCCUUUUGUACCUGUGAUGAACAGAAAAGCCUGAAGCCGACCGGUCCGCUCCCAAUUUGCUGGUUAAGCCAAAAAGCGGACUUCCCGGAUCAGUGGUUCAGCCGGCCGUAUCGAUAUGCUGUGAUUAUUGAUAAAGAAUGUUUCCCCGUUCACGAAGCACACGGUGCUCCUGCAGCUCCUCCUCUGCUCCCGGGACGUCCGGACAGUUCCCUCACUGAUCUCCAACGGCCUCGGCGUUUCCGUCACCUUAAUGCUCCUCUUCAGUCGGCGUGGCUGUGAUUUUUACUCUCUUCAAGUCUUAAUCUUUAGUUUGCUUGAAUAAAAGGGGCAAGGAUUUGUUUUUAUACCUACGUUUUAAAAAAAAAAUCUAUAAAUAUAUAUAUAAAUCUUGUGCUAUGUAUAAUUUUAAGCUAUUUAUAGCGUACACAUUUCCCCAUGUUGAACAAAUCAGUAAUGCUUAAUUAACAGUAAUAUUGUAUGACUAGUUUUUUUCUUUUUUUUUUAUCUGUUAAAUAUUUUUAUAAUUUAUUUUUUAACACAUCGGCCGCUGUUGCAGACAGUCGUGAAGAUGAGAGGGUACUGUGUUUGAUGUGUGUAUGCUGUUUUUAUUCAGACUCCUGUACAAAGUGAUUCCUCCUCAUCAUUGUUCUGUUUUCCAGCUUCGCCUCUUUCAGUCUUUGCGUCGGUGCUUUCUGCACGUGGCAGAGGUACAGGAAGAUAAAGGCCAAUUGUUUUUGGGUUGUAAUAACUUGUACAUU